AUGUCGCUCCCAGAGCACUUACAAGCCACAUUCUCACCAGAUGAGAUCCAGUUCAUUGUUGAGAAUGAACCCAUAAGGAUUUUCCCUAGAAUAACCACUAGACAAUCGGUACGUUCAAGACACCGGGAUCAGAUCACUCAGGCCAAAUGUACACUUAUUACCAGUGACGAUCACAAUGUGAACCAGAUGGUAGCCAUGCAAUCCACCGAAUUACCUCUGUGGCUCGCGUUGUUGCUUAAACAACAGAACAAGUGUAGUAUUGUUGCACCACGAUGGCUCACACUCCAGUCGCUGGACCAGAGCAUUUCGUUCGAAAAGAAAAACUCCGACAGGUUCAGUUCAUUGCCCUGGAACUGGCUUGUUCUAGCACAAUUACUCUUUGGCAAAGCUCCAGACGAUUUCCAUGACCCCGUACACGAACUACGAAGCAGAAUCCAAGACCUACGUGAAGUUCGUCAAUUAAAAGUACUUCGAGGACUAAGAGAACUUAAUGAAUCUCAUUUACAAUUGGACAACCUGUCUCUUUUAGAGAUUAAUGAAUUACGGCCAUUUAUCGUCGGAACCAUGGAUAAACUACGCCAGAUUCACACAGCAACAAAUCCAGAAUCCCAGCCACAUGCACAAGCCCAAUUGACUCAACAGGACCUUGAUGAACCUCCUUAUUGA